AUGAAAAGGAAAGAUAUACAAAAAGUUGUAAAAACAAAAUAUGAAAAUGGUGGUGGUCCGACAAAACUUUUUCGAGAUUUAGCCGAGGCUGUUUCAUUACCCACAAUUAAAUUGGGGAUAAAAAUGAUCAACACUACUAGUUCUAUCGCAUUGUCGUCCCAUCCAGGUUUUCUACGCACUGUCCGUACAAAUGUCGCUAUUGUGAAGGCUAAAAACCAUCUAAAUCAAAAGAAACGAGUGUCUAUACGAAAAUUUGCUAAAGAUAUGAAAAUUUCUAGAACGAGUGUACAGCGAAUACUCCAAAAAGAUCUUGGGUCUCUCGAAUGUGGUGAUAGAAUGUUAGCGAGCGAUUGGACUUAUCAACAGGGUGGUGCUAGACCUUACACACAUCGUCUCACUCAAGAAUGGCGUGCCGAGAAUUUUCCUGACUUCAUCUACAAGAAGCGUUGGCCACCCAAUUCAUCUGACUUAUGCCCCUUGGAUCACAGUUUAUGGAACGAUUUGGUUCAAUAUAUGAAUUGGAAUCGAAUAACAACAAAACCAACGUUGAUUAAAGACUUAAAACGUUCCGUAGCAAAAAUUGACAAAAAAAAACAACUUUAA